AAGAAAUCGUCAGUCGCGCUUCGCCUUUUGGCACAUAAAGUCGUUUUGGUCUCUACGCCACACUGACUGAGACGGCGCUUUGGACUUGGUCACCAUGCAGUCUUUUCGUCUAGCAACGUUUCUUGUAAUAGGUAUGCUGCAGUCGUAUUGCAGUGGUCAGUCCGAUUUGACCAUGCAGGAGCGUACCUUCGGGUCAGCUGUUGUCCAGGCAGUCACUGACCGUAUACGAGGCAGUUGCAUCUACUCCGAUGACCGAUUGUUUAUCAGACGUUUGGCCAUUGUCCAGUCUGAUGACGGCAAUAUGGUCACUACCUACAGAAGCGGAUACUAUGGCGGAAUAUGGCAGGUUGAUGAAGACAAGUUUAACACUACAAAGAACUGCGCCCAUCACACAAUACGCGAGGAAUGUAGCAUCAUCUUAUCCGAGUUCCAAAUCGACUGGUCAAGUGUCCAGUGGACUGACCUCCUGAAGCCUCUAUACUCCGGCCUAGCAGCGUCCCUAUAUCUCAAACUGCAAGGGGCUGACCCAGCCCCUGGCGACCUAACCGGUCAGGCGUCUUUGUGGAAAAGUUAUUUCCAACCAACUCAGAACCUGACAACGUAUACAACAAAGAUCCAACAGAAAGAGAGUACGGCGGACGACUCUUGUGACUACAAACCCAUCGACAUUGUCUUCAUCAUUGAUGAAUCGGGAAGCGUCGGCUCUUUAAACUUCGCUAAAGUACUCACCUUCCUAACGGAAGUAGUCGACGAUCUGAACAUCGGACCUACAGCUGUGCAGGUUGGUCUCGUCAAGUUUACCACAGGGGCAACUCUGGAAUUCUCUCUAGGAACAUACUCGACAAAAACAUCUCUGAAGUCCGCCAUUUUGAACACCCGAUAUCGAGGUGGAGGGACCAGCAUUGGGGCAGGAAUUCAGCAUGCAGACAAGUAUGUCUUUCCUAUUAAAUAUGGUGGCAGAAAGGACGCAACAAAAAUAGCCAUUCUGGUCACAGACGGAGUGUCAUCCUCUGCUACAUUUACUAAGCGAGCGGCCGAUGAUGCGAAGGCUAAUCACAUUAGGAUAUUUGCUGUGGGGAUAGGGAAUAUCAACAUUGCAGAGUUGAACUCUGCUGCCAGUGAUCCAAACUGCACGCAUGUCUCCGUUCUCACCAAUUUCAAGCAGAUUGACGACAUCAUUUAUGAAAUCAAGAAAAGUGCAUGCAGGGCGUCCAACCCUGUGGGUGAGGAAGCAGAAGUAGGAGGCGGGGUACCGACAGGUGAAGGGUCCACCAUCGAAAUUGACACAGAUGACGGACACAACAAAACAAUCAUUACAGAUGUAGAUUGUGGUGUAAUCAAUGUGUAUAGCUCGUUUGCUACGUCACAUCCGGGAGCAGCAUUCCACGACAAAGCAGACACGGCCAUAGCAGGUUCUCCAUCCGUAUUGGUUGUGCCCGUGGUUGAUGGUAGACCUCUCUACGUCACAUUCGUCAGACACAACCCUGACACUUCUUGUCCUAACUCGUCAUACACGGGCGAAGUCUCCAAUGACCCUCCAGUCGACACAGGUACCGACAUUUUAUGCAAGGUGAACGGCCGAUGGCAAAAGUGUAACUCCAGUGACAUUGAAGGAGACGAUGACUUUGGACAGAUCUGUGGAGUCUAUGAAAAUAACGACUGGAAUAACAUCUCCAAUCCUUGUAUUGAGGGCGGACCAAAGUAUCACUCCCACCCGACAGACCUUGCCAAGUUCAUCACCUGUGGCGAUACACAAAAGAUGUACAUUUCCCAAUGUCCAACUGGCAAAAUAUACAGUAACCAAGGCUGUGUAUCUGCCCACGUGACUACCUUCGGUAACCAUAGUGUUGCCGGCGGAAGUCCGGUCGACGCAAUGACUCGGUAUCUAAUCCUAUGCAGAGUCGGUGGUAAUAUCCGAGAAUGUCAGAGCGUAGACUUACCUGGUGACUUCUAUGAUAAACUCUGUGAAGGAACGACGUCAUCAGUCCAAAAUCCUUGUACUUCCUGUGCCAUCGCUGACGGCCAUCUUUUGCACCCGCAUCCCCUGGACGACAACAAAUACAUCACUUGUGAUGGCGGGAAUAGUCACACCACCACACAGUGUCCGCCUGGGGAGAGAUUUAGCGUGGCCAAACAAAGCUGCAUCCCUUCAACCGACAACGGCGACAGUAUCGAAGAUGACAACGGUCAAAACGACGGAAAUUCAAACCAGGAAGAUGACGUAACCGGAAGUCCCCAAAAUGAUAAUCCUUGCACACCGGAAGCCAGGGCACAGAACAAAUAUUACUUUCCGUAUACACCAGAUCGAACCAAAUUCAUCCAAUGCGACGAGUGGGGGAAUAAAUUCAUUAUGCCAUGUCCUGCUUCUACGAUCUGGUCCGAUACAGCCUUGACAUGCGUAGUGGAUGCUCUCGAUGAGGCAAACCGUGGUACCUCCAGCAAUCCAUGUACCGGUAAUGCGGGCAAGUUGGUGGCACACUCAGACCCUACAAAGUACAUCCAGUGUGACGGAGCAGGCACUGCGCAUGUCAUGUCGUGCCCAGGAGGUCUCCGGUUUUACGCGUCCAAGUCUUCAUGUGACUGGUGAAACUUUUUUCAAGACAAAUCCGACGGAAAGAUGAAAAUAUUUAAUAAAAUAAACAUGAAAUAAUCGAUUUGGUGUGAAAGCUUUCAGCGGAUUUUAAGAAUGUAUCAAUCAAUAAAUUUAUUUUGUGUAAGGUAUUUGCCUAGAUGUGAUCAUGUGUUUUAAUUUUAAUUGGUAAAGAUAAGAUAAGCAUACAUUUAAAAUUAACGUUUGGAACUAAAUAGAUCACUUUUAAAUGUAAAUUAUAUGACAAUAAUAUCGAAUGUCAAUACGUGGAAUUUGGCCUGUGAUUUUACCUAGUUACAGUAUACAGUUGGUAAGACUAAACAAGGGAAACAACUCGAGAAUAAGUCAUAUUCCCCGACUACAGGAGCCAAAAGUUAAAACCUAUCCUUCGCUAUUGACGCCUCGUUUCAUGGUAAAAUCUAUCAAAAGUAUCAAUGAAAUCCAGAACCCUGCUAUUAUUAUUUCAUCAUUCUGAUCAAUGCUGAACUUAUUAGAUUAUCCUUUCUUAUAUACAUAAUAACAAAACUAUAGUCGUUGUUGUAAAUUUUAAAUAUUCGCGGUUAAAAAACCCUGUUUAUCAUCAUUCUCUUGUUAAACAAUUCAAAAUAAAGUAAAUUGAAAAGCAUCAUGCUUAGAGGGAAAUAAGAAUUUUAUUGGAAAUUGUCGUUGAUUACGUUAUCCUCGUUCUGAUUAAGAUAUACACGAUCAACCAAAUCUUCCGAUGAAAACAAUUUUUAUAGGUUUAAACGUUUGUUGUUCUUUUUAUCUGACAUUUUCAACACUGAUAAUUCCUGUUAUUCCUGCGAUAAGUAUUUUUUCUUAUAUAAUUCUGCUUUUUAUCGCUUCCAGACAUUUAAACAAUAAUAACAAAAUGUAUAAAAAAAAUCCAAACAUAUAAUAUGUCUCUAAUAAUUUAACUUAAACAGUUAACUUUACGGUAAGCGCUUUUCUUAGUGUUUGUUGAAUUAUCGUUUUACUAUUUUGGAAUUCCGUCUCGGUGAUGAUGUAGUGUAGAUAUUCAAACCAAAGAAAUCGUUUACAGGUCCUCGCCCCACUUCAAAAAAAUACAUGAUAUACAUUGGAUUGUUAACCCCGACAUGGCUGUAAUUCUGAUAAUUAUAGAGAGACCCAUAAAUGUUGGAACCUAUUUAUGAAUAAAUUAUAAAGGUGAAAUAAAGAAGUAGAAAUCAACAACGGUGCUCUCAGUGUAAGCAUACAACCAGGUAUCGAACCUGAAACAACCUGUUUUUAUACUGUUCGCUCUUAACAACUGAACUACAUUACGCUACAGUUAUAUCCGAAGUAAAAUUGAGGGGAGUUACUAUACGUAAAAUCUACAGAUGAAUUACCUUGUGUCUUUACUACCAUGGGAUAAGGAUCCCUAAAACUUAUUUCAUCAUAAUUUGAUAUUCCUAUUGCAUGUCACCUAGCCGUUUCAAACCGAGAUCAUGAACAAAUAUAUGUAUAUUAUGUAAUAUAAUAAUAUCAAUAUAAAUUGCUGUCAGCUUUUAUACCAGUACAAUGCUGUCUCGAUAGCAAUUGGUUGUCUAUUAUCAUUCUUUUCGCUAUUAUAAAGCUUUUAUUGUAUCACUUUCAUUUCUGUGUGUGUCAUUGUGUGAUACAAUUUUAUUAAAAUUAUACUGAAACAUUA